AUGUGGAGAUGUCAUCAGAAGUAUGGCGACAAGGUGCGCUAUGCGCCAAACCGGCUGAAUGUCAACACAGUCUCGGCUCUGAGGAGUAUAUACGCCGAGGGCAAACCGUACACAAAGAGCAAGAACUAUACGGCCCUGCUUCACCAAGCAGCCAACUCCCUCACGGUUCUUGACAGGAAGGACCAUGGGCGUCGGCGCCGGGUCAUCCAGGCUGGCCUGGCCGAUUCCACUGUCCGGGAUUUCUAUCCGGAUAUGUUUGCCAUCAUUAACCGCUUUUGCGACCGUCUCCUUCAGACGGCCGAAGAAGAGGCCUCAGACAACAGCACCUGCGGGAAUCUGGGACAGUCUGACUGGACCAACCCGCGCAACAUGGCCGAUUGGUGUAAUUGGUUGACCUUUGAUCUCAUGUUCUCAUUUAUCUUCACCGACAAAUACAACAUGCUUGAGAGGCAGCAGUACCGCUACAUCCCCAAGGUCAUCGAGGCCUCCAACAUCCGUGUCAGCGCUUUACUGCAAGCCCCGAUAUUGAAGAUGUUCCGCGUGGAUAAGUUGCUCUUCCCGCGAGCAAUUGCUGCCCGGAACAUUUUCCUGCGCUUUGUGGGCAAGCUUCUCCGAGACACGAGUCGAGCUGAUAGCUCGCAGCGCACCAAUCUCUUCCAGAUGCUCCGUCACACCCAAGACCCCGUGACUGGUCGUGGCUUUACCCCCGAAGAAAUGGUGGCGGAGAGCGUCACCCUAGUUGUCGCCGGGGGCGAUACCUCGGCAACCGCUGUGUCCGCCGUGUUCUUCUAUCUCUCCAGAAACCCAGCAGCCUACAGCCGCGCGCGGGCCGAAGUGCGGGCUGCAUUCACCAGCGUCCAGGACAUCAUUGAAGGCACAACCGCUGCCGGGAGCCUGCAGAAGCUCAAUAGCUGCCGUUACCUCCGGGCUUGCAUCGACGAGGCGAUGAGGAUGUCACCAUCUGUCGGUCAAUCCCUCGCUCGCGAAGUCCCUGCCGGCGGUGCUGUUGUCGAUGGUGAUCUCAUCCCCCCGGGCUGUGAUGUUGGAGUUCCAAUCUACAGUAUCCAACACAACGAGAAAUAUUUCCCCGAUCCCUUCGACUUCAACCCUGAGCGCUGGCUUGUGGACAGAGUCAACACUCCACCACACGUGCAGGAACAGCUUGCGGAUCAGCACACGGCACACAACCCAUUCUCACUUGGACCAAGAAGCUGCAUGGGCAAGGGCGUGGCACUCGUGGAAAUGAUGGCAACUUUUGCUGUUGUUCUUUACAGACUAGAGUUCAAGAUGGCCUCCGACGACAAAUCUGGAGGGCGGCCAGGGGCUGGGCUUGGAAGACACAGGAGUAACGAGUUCCAGCUUAGGGACCACAUUACCAGUGCAAGAGACGGACCCGUCCUCAGGUUCCGCGCUUCUGCCUGA